ACUAGAGGCCCCGCCGCCUCGCCGCGCCCUCGCCUCCCGCGGCGGCCUUGCCCCCUGGCACCGGCGGCCGGAGCGGAGCCGCGGGGCGGGCGCCAUGGCUGACGGCGGAGAGUCCGCGGCGGCCCCUCCGGGCUCUCCGGCGGCGGGGCGGCGGCCGGGCGGCUCCCCCGGCGGGGCGGAGGGCGCGGCGGCGGCGGCCGUGCCGCGGCUGCCUCUCGGCCCGGCCGGGUCGGCGGGGAUGUCGCUGCCGCGGCUGGAGAAGCCGAUCAAGCAGGCCUUCUACAACACGGGCGCGCUGCUGUUCGCGGGGCUGUGCUGCGGGGCCGCCGUGCUGGUCUACUUCAUUCUGGAGGCCUUCCUGCGGCCGCUGCUGUGGGCCGUGCUGUGCGGCACCUUCCUGCACCCCUUCAAGAGCUCGCUGACGGCGCUGGGCCGCCGCUGGCUGGGCCGCCUGCAGCGCUCCCGCACGCCCGUGCUGCUGGCCGCGCUGCUGCUGCCCCUCUGCUUCGCCAACUACGGCGUGGAGGCGCUGGGCGAGCAGGUGCUGCGGCGGCGGCGGCUCCUGCUGCUGCUGGGCGCCGGCGGGCCGCUGCUCUACGGGCUGUACUGCCUGGGCAGCUCGCUGGGCGUGCAGGUGCUGCUGGCCCAGGCCGCCCGCCUCAUCUGCCAAGGGCUGGACUACUUCAGCAGCCAGUGGAUAUGGACGUUGGUAGUUGGUUACCUGCUGAUGGUUUCAUUCAAGUGGAAUGUAAGCACCGAGCGUUACCUGAAAGCAGUCUCUGUCCCUGUGUGGAUCAUGCUGCUCUUUCACUUAGCUUCUGUGGCAGGUUCCUGGAGAAUUCCUGUGUUCCUGGUUAUAGUUGUUCUGAUGACUGUAGGCAUGUUGCAUGAACAGCAGAAUGGAAAGGAGUCUUCUGGGGCAGAGCUUCCUGGUCAGAUGAUUUCCAUUGCUGCUUCAACAAUUGCCAUGGCAAUUUCCGUGACAGAAGAUGAAUCCAGUAAUGACCGUUCCACACAACCCUCAGGUGCGGCAGAAGGUGAUCCACCUCCACAAGCUUCUUCAUCUUUCUCCUCCUCUGCGUCCUCUUCUGGGAACAGACAAAGACCUGAGAUUGGUUCUCUUCUUAAAAAAAAGAAAACUAGUGAUGUUUACUUCGUUACACUUGUGUGGGCAAUUGUUAUUGUCCAGAUCUGGCUAAAUUUCUGGAUUGUGCAGCUGUUACCAGUGCCUUUUGCAGUUUGGGCACUAAAAAAACUCGUGGUUCAUUUUGGAGUUCUGAGUUUCAUGGCAAAACGUUGCAAAAGUUGGUGGCAAUUUGUUGAAAACUUUGUGAAAGAACGUCAGGAAGCUCUUGCACCGCGUCCCAUCAGAGGGCUUGGAAGAGUCAUGCUGAAGCUUGACAGUAAGCUGUGGCACUGGCUUAAUAAGAAGAUGAUCGUGUGGUUGGAGAAAAUGCUAGAUAAGAUAAUCAGCAUUUUCAUAAUAUUUUUGCUAGUGAUAGGAACCCUUCUCCUAGCCCUGCUCCUCACUGCAAAGGUACAUCAAGAGAGCGUUCACAUGAUUCAAGUCACGAGCAGCUUGAUCAAUGAGACAGUAGCCAGUCACCCAGAAUGGGCAAACUGGCUUCCAGAAGCCCAGGUUUUUCAGAAGGCGCUCAACUCAGCAGCAAAUAAUGUGUACCAGUAUGGCCGAGAAUGGAUUACACACAAGCUUCAUAAAAUUUUAGGAGACAAAGUGAACAACACCGCUGUGAUUGAAAAACAAGUACUAGAGCUUUGGGACAGGCUUUAUCAUUCUUGGUUUGUGAAGAAUGUAACACAUUCUGGAAGACACAAAGGACACAAAUGGCACAUAAACCGUCAGAACAGCUGGCUUGGUGAUAUUCUGGACUGGCAAGAUGUUGCUUCAUUUGUUCAUGAUAACAUUGAAACAUUUCUUUCGAUCCUGGAGUCUCUGUGGAUAGUGAUGAGUCGGAAUGUGAGCCUCUUGUUCACUACAGUUACAACUUUGGUGACAAUCCUUUUCCAUAGUGGUACAGCUCUUCUCAAUUUUGUGCUUUCAGUGGUGAUUUUCCUGACCACACUGUUCUACCUAUUGAGUUCUAGUGAUGAGUACUACAAGCCAGUGAAGUGGGUGAUAAGCCUGACUCCUCUGUCUCAGCCAGGUCCUUCCUCAAAUAUAGUUGGCCAAUCUGUGGAGGAAGCAAUAAGAGGUGUAUUUGAUGCUUCCCUCAAAAUGGCUGGGUUCUAUGGACUCUACACUUGGCUGACUCACACUAUAUUUGGGAUUAACAUAGUCUUCAUACCAUCUGCAUUAGCAGCAAUCCUUGGAGCGGUUCCGUUUCUGGGGACAUACUGGGCAGCCAUCCCUGCAGUCCUAGACUUGUGGCUUGUGCAAGGAGAGGGAUGCAAAGCCAUUUUGCUCUUGGUUUUUCACCUGCUGCCAACCUAUUUUGUAGAUACAGCCAUUUACUCAGAUAUAUCAGGAGGUGGUCAUCCUUACCUGACAGGUCUUGCAGUAGCUGGCGGAGCGUAUUACCUGGGACUGGAGGGAGCCAUCAUAGGACCAAUUCUACUUUGUAUACUUGUGGUUGCUUCCAACAUAUAUAGUGCCAUGUUGGUUAGUCCAACAAAUUCAGUGCCCACUCCAUCACAAGCAGCGUGUCCACUACAGAUUUACCGGUCAGCUAGAGAAAGUCCCGAGGAGACAAAAACAGCUGCUGAAUGAUGAAGGAGCUGUGCUGCACCUGUUCAAGAUGAGAGAAUCACUUGGUCUUUCUUGAGUUCCCAACAGCCAUGGCCUUCCGUCCCUCCGCAGCUCUGCUAGGGGCGGUUCGCAGGGAUGCAUAGUUUGAGUUGUAGGAGAUACCACUCCUUGAACAUCUGCUGGCCUUACAUUACUGUGCACUUUGCCUCUUUGAGAGAGAAUGUCAACUUACCAUGGCUUUGCAUACUAGCACACGGUUCCACAGCCACCUUUGUAGACCUUCCGUCUUCUUAAAAAGAAAGGCUGAGUGGACAGAUAUAUCCACUGGAGUUGUUAUCUGCUGAAAUGACUCACUUAGCUUUUAUUUAUUGGGUUAUUUGUGUUAUUAAUUUGUAGUAUUUUUAAAGAAAGCUAAGUCCAAAAUAUUUAUUCUCUGUUAAUUUGAUGGCAACAGAGAUGUAAACCACUCAUUGUUAAAUGAAGAUUGAAUACAAUUGUUUGCUGCUCCUUGAAGUAUUUCUUCAGAGGUUUUGACCAUCGUCUCUAACUCAUAAGAACAAAUAAAUGUUAUCCUUUUAUAAGCACUGAAAUUUAAUGUUGUUGAAGACAAGUAUUUCUAGUAUCUUCCUGAAAUGAGUAGAUGUACAAAUGGAGAAAUGUGAAUUUUCGUCACUUAGAAAUAGGACUUGUUUAAGCAGUUUAAAUCUUGCCCUUAUUUCUGGUGAAAUCUGAUGAUAUUCUGAUGUCUAUUCACUGUCCAGUGGAGUCACAGUAUCAACUAACUUUGAUUAAAGGCCUUAAAUACUUUAAACCUAAGGUAAUGUACAGUUAUCACAUCUACUUCCAAUAAUAAGAAGAGCUUGAGUGGGAUUGUUUUAUGUCAACUUUCAAAUGCAAAGUGACCAAGUAGCAUUUACUUUUCAAACAAACAUAAGUUUAUUUCAAAAGAGGAAAGGGAAAGAGUAGAGAUUUUGUUUUGUUGUAGAGUUGGUUUUUUUCUGGUUACUGUUUUUGUUUUUCUCCUCGUAAGCCUCUGGCCAAAUAGCUUAGUGAUUUAUGCAGAGCUCUUAAGUUCUUGAAAUGGUAUAUUGCCUCGAUCACAGAAACAAACUACUUCAGUGUUUUUCUUUCAUAUGUAAUUCUGCUGAAACUGCAAGUUUGGUGACGUUUAAGGCUUUCUGUAUUGUUGGUUGAAAUAUUUUGAGACAAUGGAUCUUUAUACCUUUGCAGAGACGAAGUGUUUUUUUGGUCGAAGCUUCCACAAAUACACUGAGGUCCCUCAUACAAAGUAGCAGUUGCACAUGCUUAACCAAAGAACUGCCUUUCAGUUUCUAGUAACUUAUCCUGUAUUUAUUUCAGUUUGAUUGACAAGGUUUAUGCAGAAUACAGGCAUGCCUUGCAUUUACUGUUUACCAUAAUGCAACUGUUGACACACAACAUAAUUCUCUAACUUAGCUGCUGUGGUUUUAGUGAUGAAAUAUUAUGCCAAAAUGUGGGGUUUCACAUGUGCUGGUCUGGGGCUAGCAGACUUCCAGGUAUGUAUUUGGAGGACAGGCUCGGGCUUGAUUUAGUGGUUUGACUGGUGGUUUGGUGGUUCUUCAAAGCAUGGAGGCAUCCUAUUUGAUAUUUGAAAUUCUGAGAGACCUACACAGCAAUUCCAGCUAACUUAACAUGAAGAGUGUAUUGCUUGAAUUGUGUAACCACCCAUGUUUUAAUUUCUGUGGGCUUGUGGAUCACUUCUUCUUGAAUAUGACCCAUUUUUGUAAUUGUUGAUGUGUAAGGAGGAGAAUGACAACCUGAGGCUGCCCCUAAAUACUCCUGCAGCAUUCUAACCAAUUUAAAUGAGACCACCACGGUACCUGGGGAACUUCUCUAUUCUUGGUGUUGUUAUUGUUCAGAAUUUUGCACUGAAAUACUUUCUUCACAUUCUAACUUCAUCUAGACAGCAUUUAAAGAUUACUAGCAGGAAAGAUGCACACUUAAUGUAUUUCCAGUUUUCCGUUGCUUCUCUUUGCUCACUGGUCAAGACAUUUAAAUUGCCAACAUUUUUUAUCCCAGUUAUUUCUGAGACAACCUUUUUGAAUCUAAGGUCGUGAGAGUCUAAGGUCGUGAACAUAGUCAUUUUAGGGAGUCAUCGUAAGGCAUUCUUUUGUUUGCUUGUUUUUAAGUUUUCCUCUUCUCCCUCCCCGUUUGUGUGACUGCCUUAGGUCAAAGAAGUGUCUCUACUACGAAGAUUAAAACUGUAUCUCAGACUGUUAUCUUCAGUAAUGGCAAAUUAGUGAAAUCAGCUGAGAAGGUGCAUUGCAAUUUUGAAAAGUUCCUUGCCCGGUUUGAAGAGAAAUCAUUUUGGAGGGAGAAUUAAAUUCUCACGUUGUCUGUUAGCUUGUCCUCCUUUGAAAUGAAUCUUCCUACUUGAUGCGUCCUGUUUCAAAUUCAACAAGGACUUGCCAAGGAGAACUUUCUGUAGUAUAGUCUUUCUUAGGAAAUAUAGCUUAAGGGCCUCAUGCUACGUGCUGUGUCUGAUUUAGAAAUAAGUUGUGUGGCUUGGUGAUACAGCAAUGGUAUGCUGCCAAAAAGAAAAGAAAAUCUCCAAUGAGACCUUCUUAGGAUAUGAAAUACUCACUGAAUUCUGCCAUACUUAAAUAUAUAUAUAUAUUAAAAAGCAUACCUUAGCAGUGACAGUCUCUUUCUUAAUGCUUGUAAGUGAGAAGUUGGUGGUCUUUAGCUUUACUGUGAGCAGCCAUUCCAGGGGCAGGUACUUACGUGUAUACUUAAUAUUCAAUUUAGAACAAAGACAAUGAUUUAGAGUUCAGAGGGGGAUGCUUGUCUGUAUGGGAACUGUUGAAUCAUGGCCCGAACCUCUGAUUGAGCACCUGAGGCAAACACUGAGUCAGCCACGGGAGCACAGGUGAAGGAAAUUCAGCUGUGUGACCAGAAGGGGUGGAGCCAGACUCCACCUCUCCUAGACCCCAUUUAAGGGCUGACUGCCACUAAGGAAGGAUCUCUUCUUGGAGAUUGCUCCUCAUGGAGUUUUUGUGAGCCUAUGAUGUUGGUGAGCACCUUUCAUUUAUAUCUGAUUAUCUUUUCUAAUGCGGUAAUCUUACACCAGCCUAACUUCUCUGUGUACUGUAUAACAUCUGUGUACUUAUUAACCGUACAUUGUAGUAGUAAACCUAGGUGGUACUGUGUCAUGAUAUUGCAAAGUACAAUUAUAAUGUUUAUUAUCAUUCUCUACUAGCUAAUCAGGUUCAUUGCAAGUAAGCACAGUGUCAAGGGGCUAGUGGUAAUUGCUUACCUGUUUUUGCAUAGAGCCAGGAUUAGCCCUUUCUCUCCUUCCUUUACCUUAGCUGAACGUUACUGUACUGUAGCAGCACUUGCAGAAGUUCAUGUGUGCCCAUUUACAGCCCAGCUUGUUAGCUUCAGGUCACUGUAGGUACUGGCUUAAUUGAGCACAACACAACAAGCUGCAAAGGAGGAGAAUCUGGCACAUGCUCAUUUUGCCAGCUGUACUGCAAGAUAGUGACUUUCAGCACUGUGCACUGAUUGCUGUGUGCUGUGACCAGUUGGGAGCAGUAAUGGCUUAUUUUGAAACACUACUUAAAAACAAAAAAAAAAAGCAAAAAAACCACAAAAAAUGAAGUUUAUUAUUAUAGUCAUACAAUAUGCAAUACUUACAUACUGUUUACCUGUUUUAGAAAUUAAAUUGAUACCCAUCUGUCUAAUAAUUGAGAUAAGUCUGAUCUUUGUAUACACAGUAGUAUACAAGUUUGUUUCAGCUAAGGUACCCUGAAGCUUGCCUGAUUUCAAGGAAUGUAUGGAUUUGUUUCAAGACUUUGGAGAGCGAGAUGUACUUCCAUGUAUUCCAUCAGUGGCUAUUGAAUUAGGAAAUCCAGAAUCUGAAUAAAACAUGAGAAAGAGCAUUGAUUGUGAAUGGAAGACUGGGUGCUGUUUCCAGUAUUAAGCGUAGUGGGUAUCAGUGUAACUUCUGAAAUUGCUGUUUGGCUGUAAUGCUCAGUGUUUUUCAGAAAGCCUGAAUAUACGAAAGCCCAGUACCCCUGUAAAAGCAGUAGCAGAACUAAAUUACCGAUGCUGAAUACUAGUGGCAGAAUUCUGUACACAGCGUUGCCUUCCCUGCGGACCCAUACAAAGGAUGGGAAAAUAGCAUUCUACGGAGACUCUGUGGCUUUGCAUCAGGGGUAGAAGAUGCUUCCACAGCUGCUUUUAUUCAGGCAUUGUGUUUCUAUUGUAUCAGCUUAACUUUCUCCAUAUAUAUAGUGUAAAUCACUUCUGGAAACAGCCAGGCUUUCCUCAGAAGGUGCUGAAAGCUGUUGGAAUUGGAGUUAGCAUUCAUUAGAUUUCAUAAUGGAGGUGGCGUUCAAGAAAUGCAGUUGUUUUCCUUGCAGUUUGCAAGUUUGCAUGGGAAGAUUGGUUUUCCAAUUAAAUACUCUUUGUUGAAACCUGGCGUCUCUUAACCAUACGUACAGAUCAUCCUUAUGAGUUCCAUCUGGGCUUGUAUUUCAAGGGUUUUAUUGCUAUUUAUGUCUUACACUUUUUGGUGAAGCAUGCUUUGACAAAUCAAUGCCCUUCUUAUUUCUAGUUUACACCACUACAAAACUAAAUUUACCGAAUAACAACCCUCAUGGAGGAUUGAUCUUUAACCUGUUGCUAUUUAUCUGUCCUUUUUAUUGAAAGCCCUUAGUGCUUUAUGAUCAAAAUGGCUUUUAAAUGAGAAAAUGGGAAAUUAUUGGAACGUGGAAAAUGCGCUUGAUAUUUUGAAACCAGAAGCAGUGCCAGAAGUGUUGAUCAUAUUCAGGGAUUCCAUGUGGGCUUUGAAAAUGUAUAUAUUCAUAAUGCACGAUUAUAUAAAUAUGAGAAAUAUUUCUCAUUCAGACUUCAGCUGAAAUUUUGUCUUUUUUUGGGGGGGGGGGGGAGGGGUUGGUUCUUUUUUAAGAUAUCUGAGAACAAAAUAGUGCCUGUAUGUAGUGAAAACAAGCACCGUUUUCUAGAAUUAAUAUUUACUUAAGGAAAGUUGGAGGGGAGCCAAGCAGAUACUGGUGGGAUGACUAGAACUGUUUUGCUGCAGUUGAUGUGUAGUUAGGAAAGACUGCUCUUCCAUCUGGUAUGCCAUUGCUAAGAGAACACUGGCCCUGGAAGAAUUUGCACGCGUGCUAUUUUGGGGUAGAUUUCCCUGAAGGGCAUGCUUAGCAUAUCCAUACUGAAAUAGUAUGUCCAGUUCAGGAAGGAACUGCUAGUUGGCAAGUAAGUGCAUCAUAGAAUGGCCUGGGUUGAAAAGGACUACAGUGAUCAUUGAGUUUCAACCCCCCUGCUAUGUGCAGGGUUAUCAGCCACCAGACCAGGCUGUCCAGAGCCACAUCCAGCCUGGCCUUGAAUGCCUCCAGGGAUGGGGCAUCUACAGCCUCCUUGGGCAACCUGUUCCACUGCAUCACCACCCUCUGAGUGAAAACAUGUUUAUUGUGCUCUGCGUAUGGAUGAGCUCAAACAAACGUGAUCAGUGUUUUUUGAAUAUAGAAUUAUGUAGCAAUUCCAGAAUGAGGUUUGAGUCAGAAGCAGGGCAUAUUUGCUUGCAGCAGGAUGCAUUUGCUAGCUAGUAGAUGCAGCUUGAGCGCUCAAGCAUCCACGUGCGUAUCUGAAAGAUUUUCAGCGUGACGUUUUUAGAAUAAAAGUACUAAUUUAUUUUCCUACCCUCACUUUUUGCCUCUUGACUUUGAAUGAGAACCUUAAGUCGUAGUCAUUUCUCAUGGUUUGUUGUGGAUUGAGGGUAAGAGGCGUCACAAAGCUAAAAAGUAGCCGCAGAACAGAAGUUCAUUAAGCUUAAGAGCUGCCAUCCAGACCGUGCUUUGGAAAAACAUCAGCCAAGUUUUUGGCUUCCUUUCUGCCAGUCAUAGCCACAGACUGAUGAUGUGUGAGGAAAUAUUAGUAAAAAAAAACAAACAAACAAACAACUUCCAGUUGUUUAUAACUGGCUGGGUAGUUCAGUGUUUUCAAUUUCCACUGUCGUCACUGGUAUAUUCUGCAAGCAGAUAAGUUGUUCAGAUUGUUACCUUUAAAUAUGAAGACUGUGUUUCAGUGAUGGCUGGAAAUAAGCUUUCUUUAGUAACACGGGAUGCUUACCUAUACAUUAGUUAGCUAGUGUUUGAUGUUUUGGCCAGAAGAGUACGGAAGCUUUGUUUUCUCUCUUUGGGAAAUUUCACCAAACCAAAUCCAAAGAAGCUUGUGACCUUGUGUGCUAAGACUGGCUAGAUCCUGCUGCGAUCUAGAAGCAGAUCUAUUGCGUUACAGAGCGCAGCUUGUUCUAAUGUGUGCAUUUCUAACCAGAGCUUGUGGGGGAUUUGGAGCAAUAACUUCUGUCUGUUGACUCAAAUUUGUCUGAAAUAUAUAACGUGUACAUUUACAGGAUGGAACUGUGUUCAUGACUAAUGUUACCAUAGUUGGUUCUGGUACAGUGCCUGUUUUUGCAUGUAUAGUAUUAGAAAAGUAAUCUGUGUCCAUUGGUGGCGGAACAGAGAAUGUGGUUGAAGGUUGAGAAGUACUCGUAUAGACUGCAGAGGUAUUUCAUUAAUUCUGAUUGUAUGCACCUGUCCUCUUCCUAAUAAAGGGUUGGUUUUUUUUUGUAGCGGGUAUAAGAAGCUUUUAACUUAAUAUGGUGUUCACACUGCAGUCCUUUGUAAGCACAAAAUGUUUAAUAUAUUUUGAAAUAAAAUGCUAUUGCAGAAAA